AUGGCGACUUGCUUCAUGGGACUUGAUAUCCCUUGCUAUCCCCAUCCCAUCCUGUCUGGUUCAGCUCAACCCUCGCUCAUCUUCGAUUUCGUUGCUUUGACCUUCUCAUUCCUAUGUCGCAGAAUGUCUCGUGACAACACUGUGAAUGAGGAGCCUAUGGUCUCCCUCGGCGAUAAACUCUGCCAACGCUUCGAGAAAAGCAAGUUCGAUGAACGGGAACCAUCGUUCUUACCAGAAGGGUGCAUCGAGGACCUUAUAACCGAACAUGCUAUUUCCCGUGAGCUAUUCGACCUAUUCGAAGAUGAAGCCCCGCCAACCCCAGAAAAGGCUUUGAUUCGUUUCGUUCAUGAGAAAGCGAAGAAAGUCUUUGCAAUAGUUGUCUGUUGCGGAACUAGCGGAACGGAGCUCCUAACAACGAUUAAGUUCUUCAAGACGAAUGGUUUCAAAGAUAGCGAUCUACCUAUUAAGAAGCCAGGCACGCCUGUCCAGGGCUGUUCCUCAUGGACCUUCCCAUUCCCAUUUGACCGAAUGCAAGAUAGAGGCAUUCGAAGGAUUUGGAAUGGAUUCAAAAUCGAAGGGUUCUACAACAAACAAUGGUGCUUUCUGGCCCCUGUCUUCUCCAAAACGAAAUUCCAGCACCAUCUCUCCCCAGAUUGUGUCUUUCCAUUUACCUGGGUCAACAACAUUGUCAAAGGGGGAAUGUUUAGCCAGGUGCACGAAGUAGACAUUCAUCCUCAACACCAAGAACACCCAGAAUUUACAGUGGAUGGCCAGCGGGCCCACGUCGCCAUCAAAGAGAUCCUUGUCAACAACGAUCGACGUGACGAAAUCGAGAAGAAUUACGAAGAUGAGCGGAAGGCAUUGUCUGAGAUCACUGACCUUCGACACAAGCACAUCAUCCAACGUAUUGCGGCUAUCACGCGGGGAGAAAGACGAUACUUCAUGUUUCAGUGGGCCGACGGAGGGAAUUUGAGGGAGUUCUGGAAAGAGAAAACCCGGCCUGUUCUUACACCUGUUCUAGUGAAGGAAACGGUCACACAACUCCUGGGGCUCGCCGAUGCUUUGCAUGCCUUGCACAACUACAAGAAUCAAGGCAACUACCGACAUGGAGACUUGAAGCCGGAAAAUAUCCUCCGCUUCAGGAACGAAACAGUUGUCGGGAUACUCAAAAUCGCGGACAUGGGCCUAGCAAAGCAUCAUAACGAUAACACGGCAGUGCGUAAAAAGGCGACCAGUGCAAAGUACGGGACAGUCCGCUACGAACCGCCCGAAGUUGUCACCAAUCGUCUUGACAAGGCAAGAUCCAGGCUCUACGACAUUUGGUCCAUGGGCUGUAUCAUGCUAGAAUGCAUCAUAUGGCUGCUAUAUGGCUGCGAAGCAUUAGACAAGUUCGACGACAGUCUCAGCAACGAUGGCUAUGAUUGCAGUUUCUUCAAGAUCAGGGAGAUCGACGGAGCCCGCGUCGCAGAAGUCCAUCCUGUGGUAGUGCUUUGGAUGGACUCCAUGGCUAAUGACCGUCAGUGCUGCAGAGAUUCUGCGAUUGGCGAUCUACUCAACCUCGUUAGGAGCCGAUUGCUUGUCGUUCCAUUACUGAUGCAAGCACCGACAAGGAUUCUCAAUGGAGCUCAGACAACGACAUUCAUCGAGAACCAACCGGACAGACGUAUAUCCGUGACCAGUGCCAGCCAAAACACACCCGAGAGUGGCCCCUAUCGUGCUGACGCAGGAGCUAUGCGGUCUGGACUCGAUAACAUCCUUCGAAAAGCGGAUAACAACGAGACCUAUCUCUCCAUAGCCCAGGACCGUCGAAAUAUCAAUGGUCCUCCUUCAUUGACCAUACCAAGAUCGCAAAUCACCAACUUGCUAUCGCCUGGGGCGGCCGAAAAGCCUAGGGGAAAUACCCCUUUCCUCGGUGCACUACAAGCACAACAUCAUGACAUGUUGAAUCCAAGUUCGACCAAAUACGACAGCAUCGGACUUCAGACUGGUUUCCCGAGACUUGCACCAGGUGGUCAUCAGUUGCACUUCGAAGUGCUACGACAGUGGCUCCAAAGCUGCGAUCAUGGUCUGGGCCAUAGCGACUGUCUGCAAGCCACUGAAGUCAACCUUCCCACGCGGCUUCUUGAAGUCUCUGGUUCACAGAUUCGUCUGUGGGAAACAAAAGGUGCUCGUGGAAGAUACCUGGCGUUGUCCCAUCCCUGGGGAGAUCCCGCGAAACAUCGACACUUCUGUACCUACAUGAGCAAUAUUGAGAAGCACAAAAGGGGCAUCGACUUUAAGGAUUUACCUGCUACUUUCAAAGACGCCGUCACAACAACGAGAGAGCUUGGAUUUCAGCAUCUAUGGAUAGACUCGAUCUGCAUUAUACAGGGGCCCGACGGAGACUUCAAAGAAGAGUCCAAACACAUGGAAGACGUUUUCAGCUUUGCGUACUGCGUCAUUGCGGCAAGUCGCGCUACUGGGCAAGAUGAUGGCUUUCUGGGACCACGACCCGACAGGAGAUACGUCACUUUCAACCGAAACAACGGCGGUAUUUAUCAUGUGUGCCAGCAAAUUGACGACUUCGAGGGCGAUGUGAUAGAAGGAAAACUUUGCAAACGAGGAUGGGUCCUACAGGAGCGAGCACUCGCGCACAGGACGAUUUACUUCACCGAAAGACAAACGUAUUGGGAGUGUGGUCAAGGGGUGCGCUGCGAGACGAUGACAAAGCUGGAUAACAAUGUUGCCGCGUUCCUCGGUGAUCCACGAUUUCCCACAAUCGCCAUGAACUCGCCAAGAGGCGCCAAAAUUCAUCUUUACCAAGACUUAUACAAGCAAUACUCGCGUCUGCAGUUUUCUCGAAAUGAAGACAGACCAUUCGGUAUAGCUGGUCUUGAAAAGAGACUCAUCCAAAGCUUCAAGACUCACGGCGGCUAUGGUGUCUUUGACGACGGCGGUGGAUUACUACGGCGGAGCCUUCUUUGGCAGAGAGCAUCUGAUUCAGCCCUCGACAGGAUCAUCUUCCCUGCCGAAAGAGACCUUGAAGUCCCUACAUGGUCCUGGAUGGCCUACAAAGGAGGAAUUGACUAUCUGGAGCCUCCAUUUGAUGGCGUGGACUGGGAGAAGAGUGAGAUCCAGUCGCCAUGGGCUAACAAGUCGCCGGAUGGGUUUUAUCACACUUCGGACAAAAGCCUGGGAAUCAGUCUCAGCGCUGUUGCUCGUGAGUUUUCUCAGCUCGACGGCCAUCACUCGGCGAGCAAGCUCAUCUUUGACAACCCGGCAAAAAGUGAUGGCCAACUACCAAACGCAUUAAAGAGUGCUGGUGGAUUGAUGGUGUAUGAACGAACUGGGGUGGGUUACAUGCCUGACAAUUGCAUUUCGCAGAACGGCACACCAGUCAAGAUACAGUAG